UGUUAAUGACAUUUUCAUUCAAAUUCAGAAGGCUUUGGUUUUCACUUCUCCGCAGUAAGUUGUGAAUAUUUUAAACAACGUUGAAUUAAUAUCAAUUCUUAUCGAUAUGGAAUCGCCCGACAACAGGCUGUACAUGUGCAGCGUUUGCUUCCAACGAUACCUGUGGAAGGAUCUCUCGGAUAAGGAACACCGGUGCUUCCGCUGUCGCUUGCCACCCAAAGUAUGUUUAAUCUGCAGUACGAAUUUCGAGCCCCGAGAUAAGAUCACUAACUACUGCAAACGCUGUGAUUUCUUCAUACACAAACAUGUGGCCGUCAAGCCACCUCCGAUUCCCGAAGGACGAGAGGACUUCGAGUCAAACAGAGAGGGAACCUCGUUCACAGAACGCUGGGAGGAGAUUAAGGCGGCCUCUGGCAUAACCGACGACUACUUGAGUGACUAAGUUCGAGAAUCACACAGUGCUGCAGCACUUUAAAAAAUAAAAAUAUUUUAUUAAAGAAAAUA